GCCAGCAUCAUCCACGACUCAAUAGAACACACAAGAUUUAAUAAAACAUCUGCGCUCUGGGUCUGGGAUAUUUGGAAAGGACGACUUUCAUCGCAUUUGAGAGUGACGGGACCCGAGCCCGCGCCGUUCGCUCCGAAUGAUGCUUCAGACUUUGACUCGUGUUAUCAAGUUAAUUACCUGAAUCGAAGCGUGAUGGUCAUGGACUAGAUGAAGAAUGCAUCACGUUUGGGAGUUCGUUCUGAUUCUCAACAUUAAUGUCGUCUUUGUAGAAGCACAGCCGGUUUCAUCAAAGCUUCACGAUGGAUGGUGGGCAUACAAAGAUGUUGUCCAGGGGAGCUUUAUACCAGUGCCAUCGUUCUGGGGACUAGUUAACACUGCCUGGAAUCUUUGUGCGAUUGGGAAGAGACAGUCACCUGUAAAUAUCGAAACCAGUCGUAUGAUUUUUGACCCCUUCCUCAACCCACUACGGCUCAAUGCAGGGCAACGGAAGGUCAGUGGAACCAUGUACAAUACAGGUCGACAUGUGUCCCUGCGCCCAGACAAGUCCCACCUGGUGAACAUUUCUGGCGGGCCACUGAGCUACAGCUACAGGCUGGAGGAAAUCCGGCUUCACUUUGGCAGUGAGGACAAUCGGGGCUCAGAGCACCUGCUCAAUGGCCAGGCCUUCCCUGGAGAGGUGCAACUCAUCCAUUAUAAUCAGGACUUGUAUUUAAAUUACAGUGAUGCUGCCAGGAGUCCUAAUGGAAUUGCAGUUGUUUCUAUUUUCAUGAAGAUUUCAGACCCUACAAAUUCAUUUCUAAACCGUAUGCUGAGCAGAGAGACCAUUACAAGGAUUACAUAUAAACAUGAUGCAUACUUACUGAUGGGCCUCGAUAUUGAGGAGCUAUAUCCAGAAACCUCCAGUUUUCUCACAUAUGAGGGGUCGAUAACUAUUCCACCGUGCCUUGAGACAGCCACCUGGAUCUUAUUGAAUAAGCCAAUAUACAUUUCACAGAUAGAGAUGCAAUCUCUUCGUCUUCUCAGUCAAAACCAGCCAUCCCAGAUCUUUUUGAGUAUGGGUGACAAUAUGCGGCCGACCCAGCCACUGCACCAGCGCUGCAUUCGCACCAACAUCAACUUCACUCAGAGAAGGGACUGUCCCAACAACCGCGUGCUGAGGCCACAAUACAGAGUUAAUGAAUGGCUCCUGAAAUAACAGCUUGACGUUGACUAGUUACUUCAGAAUUUCUGGUAAUAUCUGAAGAAUAUGGCCAACAAUCUGAGGACGUUUGGACAAAUACUGCAAGAUGAAGCUAUCAAUAAGACAAAAAAGAGGACUCUUCAAUACAAAUUAAAAAAAAUACUUUUAUAAGUGUUUUAUAUGUUUAUAAAAACAUAUACGUCAAAGACAGUGAAAGCAAUCGCUUACAUAUCUUUGUAGACAUGAGUUUGAUGAGGCACAACUGACUUUCAAUGACAGUGUGCAUCUAAAAAGCAGGUGCGAUCAAUGUGUGUUGCAGUGAACAAAAAACUACCUUUGCUUGAUGCACAGGACUAUGGACUUCAAUUUGACAAAAGGAUUUCAAGUCUGUAUCUUGGACUAUUUUUGAGCAUGUUGCCUUCACUAAGUGUUUACAAUGCUAAAUUAAUUGAGUGAUAUC